AGUCACUGAAUGUAGAGGGGCGCAAGAGGAGGAGGAUUUGAGUGCGUGCGUGCGAUUGGCUAUUGCUGCAGCGAGCGUGGCGGGCUAAGAGUCCAGGCAAACGUUGCAAAACUUCAGUGCUGGGACGAUGAGUGCAAAAGACAAGCCCGUGCUCUAUGGCUACUUCAGGAGUUCCUGCUCUUGGCGAGUGCGGAUCGGUGAGUAGAAGCCGGCCCCGCCCGUCCUGGACAAAAGCUUUUGCCCUGAAAGGUAUUGAAUAUGACCAGUUCCCAGUGAAUCUGAUCAAAGAUGGUGGACAGCAGCUGACUGAUCAAUAUAGAAAAAUAAACCCCAUGCAGCAAGUGCCUGCUGUCUGCAUUGAUGGAAUCACCAUCUCCCAGUCGCUUGCAAUUAUUCAGUAUAUUGAAGAGACAAGACCUGGUCCACAUCUUCUUCCUCAGGACCCCAAAAAGAGAGCACAAGUACGAGUGAUCUGUGAUCUUAUCACCUCAGGCAUUCAGCCACUUCAGAAUCUUCAUGUGCUGCAAAAGGUUGGUGAAGGAAAAGCAGAAUGGGCCAAGUAUUUCAUUGAACGAGGCUUUCAAGCUCUGGAACAAAUCCUGGUACAGUCAGCUGGACAGUACUGUGUAGGAGAUGAGAUAUCCAUGGCAGACAUAUGCCUGGUUCCUCAGGUUUACAAUGCUGCAAGGUUCAAGGUGGACAUGACUCCGUUUCCAACAAUAAAGAAGAUCAAUGACACUCUGCUUGAAGUUGAAGCUUUUAAAGCAAGUCACCCAUCUUGCCAGCCCGACACACCACCCGACCUCCAAUCAUGAAGGGAGCACGUGACCUUUGGUGUGGGCUAAUCCGGUGGUUUGCAUUGUGACGAGUUACCAGGAACAAUGAAGUACAAACCUGUGGUCUACAAUUCAAUAAACUCUUAUAGGUGACUGUG